AUGAAAUUAUUAAUAAAUUAUGUAAAAAAAAAAUUUAUAAGAACAAAAUACAGAUUAGAAGUAAUUGAUAAAAGAUAUAAAUUAUUUUCAUGUGGUAUUCCUUUAGUUUUGUUGAUGACAUUAACUAUUAGUUUAGGAACAUAUUUAAUAGAUUUACAAUAUAAAAUUAGAAAUAAAAGAGAGCAGAAUAUAAAUAUAAGAGAAAUUAAAUUAUUAGAGGAGAAAAGUAAAUUAUUAAAAAUAUUAAGAGAUUAUGAUUGUAAUAAUUAUGAAAAUAUACCUAUUAAAAAGGAAUAA